CAAACAUUUCUCCUUUUUCUCGGUUCUCAACUCUCAGAUUCCUUCUCCCUGUAAAAUCCCACUCAAAGAAUUUUGCUAUCUCAUCAUUUUCCACAGCUGUUUUCUCUUUUCUUUCUCCUUGCUCCAAUGAGAUAAUGUAACUGAAGAAAUGUAUUUUGAAAGAGUUGUUUCAAUGGACGGGAGGCUUGAAUAGCAAAAAACAAAAGAGUAGAAAUGAGAGGGGAGUCCUCUGGUUUGAUCAUUGGGAUUUCUAUAGGAGUGGUGAUUGGUGUGCUUUUAGCUAUUUUUGCAUUGUUUUGCAUCAGGUAUCAUAGAAAGAGGUCCCAGAUAGGAAACAGCAGUUCUAGAAGAGCUGCAACUAUCCCUAUCAGAGCUAGUGGAGCCGAUUCUUGUACUAUGUUAUCCGAUUCAACUACCGGCCCCUACUCACCUGUGAAAUCUGGAAGAAAUGGAAUGUCUGUGUGGCUUGACGGGCUUAGAAAAAGCAAUGUUGUCUCUAUGUCCGGAAUACCCGAGUAUUCAUACAAGGAUUUGCAAAAAGCAACUUACAAUUUUACAACACUAAUAGGACAAGGAGCCUUCGGUCAGGUGUAUAAAGCUCAGAUGUCAACCGGUGAGACUGUUGCAGUGAAAGUGCUUGCAACUGAUUCUAAGCAAGGGGAGAAAGAGUUCCAGACUGAGGUUAUGUUGUUGGGAAGACUGCAUCACAGAAACCUUGUAAAUUUGGUCGGAUAUUGUGCAGAAAAGGGUCAGAAUAUGCUUGUCUAUGUGUACAUGAGUAAAGGCAGCUUGGCUUCGCAUUUGUACAGUGAAAAUCAUGAACCUCUGAGCUGGAAUUUGAGGGUUUAUGUUGCUUUAGAUGUAGCGAGGGGCAUGGAAUAUCUUCAUGACGGGGCAUCUCCUCCUAUAAUACACCGGGACAUUAAGUCUUCCAACAUUCUUUUGGAUCAGUCCAUGAGAGGCAGGGUAGCUGAUUUCGGGCUUUCGAGAGAAGAGAUGGUAGACAAACAUGCAGCUAACAUACGAGGAACGUUUGGAUAUCUCGACCCGGAGUAUAUAUCUACGAGGACCUUUACUAAAAAAAGCGAUGUUUACAGCUACGGGGUAUUGCUGUUUGAACUCAUAGCAGGAAGAAAUCCUUUACAGGGUCUCAUGGAAUAUGUUGAGCUAGCAGCUAUGAGUACCGAAGGGAAAGUCGGGUGGGAGGAAAUCAUGGAUUCACGAUUGGACGGGAAAUUCGACGCGCAAGAGCUCAACGAAAUAGCAGCCCUCGCGUAUAAAUGCGUGAACCGCGUUCCGAAGAAACGACCUUCCAUGAGGGACAUCGCGCAAGUGCUAACGCGGAUCCUUAAGACAAGACACAACAAGAAACACCAGAAGUCUCAAUCCGCAAUUGCAGAUGAGGCUUCAGUCGACUUAGAGCAAGGAGAAACUAAGAAUCAGAUAAUCGAACACCGGAGAGAGGAGUCCAUGGACAGUGCAGCCGACACCUUUGAAUUGCAACCCAGUGAUUCUUCCAUUCGUUAAAAAAGUACGUUGGAUUUGGUCUCUGUCUUGUGUGGUACAUGUUCAGAUGUGGAGGGCAUGCUUGUAGUAUUUGAAUUCUCGUUUGAGUGAGUUUUCUUAGGGAAAAAGGAUUGUUUAUAAUUUGUUGUAACAUAAUUAGAUUUUACUCCUUUGAUUUGCUGAUCUAAUUUUGUAUAUUAAACCCUUUAGUAAUGAAAGCAUAGAUAA